AUGAGUUCUCAAUUUCCUUUAUCGUCACCAUAUAGGACAGCGGAUUCACAUGUAAAGGAUCCAUACUUUCCAUCUUCUAGUUUCAACCAGCACACUAAACUACCAUCGCCAAGUCAUGUGCAAACUGGUAAAGCUGUACCAAAAACCAUUGGGAAUUUCUCCAAAGUUGAUUAUCCAACUCCAUUUCCUUCUUCUAGUAUAGGAAGAAUUUCAUCCCCUGUUAGGUCAAUUGAUGUUGAUGCUAUUCCUUCUUCUCCAGCCUUCCGUGCGCCGAUGGAAGAGGCAUCGCCCAGAUUAUCUCCCAGGCUUUCUUCUCCUUUAAGACACGUUAAAGUCAUCAAUGCUGAAUUAGAUCCUACUAAGGCCAGCACCAUUACUGUUGGGCGUAAUAGUUCGCAGUGUGACGUUGCGCUUUGUAAGAACAAAUUUAUAUCAAGGAUUCACGCCGAUAUUUCUUACCUUCCUCAAGCCAAUGAACUGAAGAUUCAUUGUGUCAGUAUGAAUGGUUUAAUUGUGAUAUAUCGUAAGAAAUUCGAUUGUUAUCUCUUAAGGGACACUGAAGUAUCAAAUAACAAUGAGAACGUUUAUAGACUUACACCCAGGUUCUCAAUCGAAGAGAGCGUAAAGGAAAUUCAAGACGAAGACAAAUCUGUUAGUUUUACGCUGGAAGGUGGUGACACCGUUUACAUGCCAUAUAACAAAGGCAUCAUGUUAGAUUUUAGACAGGUUUUGCUUCGUGUUUCACUGAAGAAGAUGUGGUCUUAUCCAGAGUCGACAGGAUUAGAAAAGCAAGCUGAAAACGAAAAUGAGAGGAAACAUAUGGGAGGUAUAAGGAAGCAUCCAUUAAUAUUUUCUAAAGCCCCAUCCGAGUCCCCCAAGAAAAUACUAAAGAAUAACACCAACAAACAUACAGCCGGUGAUGAUUCUGGUGUCGCUGAAAGAAUGUUAAAUCAUUUUUUGAACUCAAAAUCAUCUUCGAUUUCCUCUGUCUCUUCUGCUGAAAACAAUGAGCAGGUUUUUAAACAGGAUUCAUUACCAUAUGAAAAAAUCCCUGUGGUUAUAAAAAAGCAAAAGCUAAAUAAGAGCGUUUUAUCUUCAAAACCGAAAAAAUCAGUAAAAGAGACUUUGGAUGAGUUAUCUGGGAGAAACGUGGAUGUUAUGAAUUUACAACAUAUUUUGACAAAUCACCUGGCUUUUGCGAACGUUCAACAAACACCAUUAUUCCAGUUACAACAGGUUAACUCGCAAAUUUCUGAAUUGUCAAGAGACGAAUUGCGUACGAUCUUGAGCGACGCGAAAUGUGUUGGUGUCAUUUAUCGUCACGGUAAAGAUGCCGCUGGUAAACCAUUAGACGAAGAAUAUUUCUAUGAUUUGGAAAAUGACGAUGACUACGAAAGAAGAAACUUGGUGAGUUCGUUGAAAGGCGGAAGAACUGGUUUAAGAUCUUGUAGAAGGACGCAUAAACAGUAUUUUUGGAAAAAACCAGCUAAAUAA